CACGUCAUCACCAUAGAGAGGCUCCUGUGUGAUGAUGAUGAUGGCGGCGUUGAGGUGGCAGGGACCGGGCCGGCGCUGAAUAGCGGAGCGGGCAGCGCGGCCUGGCACAGGAAGGACGGGGCGCUGACACCGCGGGGAUCCGGCCAUGGCUUCCUGGUUCGGGGGUCUGGGCUCCGGCCUGGGCCAGUCCCUGGGACAAGUGGGGGGCAGCCUGUCCUCCCUGACCGGCCAGAUCUCCACCUUCACCAAGGACAUGUUACUGGAGGGGGCGGAGGAGCUGCCGGUUGUUACUCCUGAGCUGGGAGCGUCCAGUGUGCGAGACGUAGAGAGCCUGCAGUCUAUGCAGAGAUCAGAGAAUGAGCGGCAACGGAAAGUGUGCACAGAGCUGGAGGACAAGCUGGAGGCGGCAGAGCUACAAGUGAAGCAGCAGUCUCUGGACUACAGGAACCGGCUACAGCAGAAAGAGGUGGAAAUCAGUCAUCUGAAAGCCAAGCUGAAUGCCCUGCAGGAUGAAAUGCAGAAGACGCAGGUGUCUGCACAGCUGUCCAGCGUCUCUCUCCAAGCGGCUCACCCUUCCCCUUUCAUGUCCAGCAUCCAGCCGUCUUCAUCCAGCUUUCAGGGGGACGACAUGGACUUCAGUGACGUUAUCUGGUCUCAGCAAGAGAUCAACACGCUGUCUAGUGAGGUGUCCAGGCUGCAGACGGAGGUGGCUCAUUGGAAGAACGUGGCACAGUCUAUGAAGAGUCAGGGGACACACAGCGCUGACCUGAGUGAGAUCUGUACGUUACAGGACACUAUUAAGGACCUGAGACAGAAGCUGAGUCAGGAGAUUGAUGAGCACCAGCAUGAGCUUUUUAUCUUACAAGACGCCCAUCGCCAGAAGCUAGCGGAGAUCACAAGGAGGCACCGAGAAGAGUUGGGAGAAUAUGAAGAGAGAAUUGAGGAGCUUGAAGAGCAAUUAAACACAGGUGCCACAGAUGGUUCUUCUGACCAGCCCAAAGCGUUUGAUCUGCAUAAAACCAUCCAAGGCCUGGAAGCGGAGAAAGCGGAGUGCGCACAGAAGGUCCGGGAGCUGGAAGAUCGACUCAGAGAUCUGGGGGCUGUGGAUCUGGAGAGAAGUGCCCUGCGUAAGGAAAAGGAGUCUGCUGAGAGGGACAGGAAUCAACUAGAGCUAGAUUACCAGAGGUUGUUGUCUGAAGUCGCCGAGCUGCGGAGACCCCGGGAGGCUGAUGGCACCGGUCCGCAGCAGACGGCCCCUCACCGACAAGAAGCCCUGUUUGAUUCUGAGAAACAAAUGAGUGCUACAGCCAGGUCAGACCAGCAGGAGGAUGAAUCGCUACCAGUGAGAAAUGCCAUGAUAGAUCUGGAAAGACAGGUCCAUGUUUUAAAGGACAAUGUGAAACUGAUAGAGAAAGAAAAGGAGGCGCUGCAGGCGGAGUUGGAUCGUGUAGCAUCCGCUUCUUCCCGAGAGGCUGAUGGGGUUUAUGAGCAGCUGAGAAGAGAUCUGGAGGAGAGCGAGAGGAGACUGCGGGAGAGCUGCGCAGAUAGAGAAUCUCUAACGGCCGAGCUGGAGGAGCUGGAUAAACAGAACCAAGAGGCCUUGCAGCAUCUUCUGCUUGUGAAAGAUCAGCUGUCCAAGCAGAGGAUUGAGCUGGAGUCCCGCACCGCUCAACUGGACCACGAGAAGCAAAAAGCUUUGGAAGUGGAUUCUGAGAAGAACACUUUACUUCAGCAGCUAGAAUCUGGGCAGGAGAAGCUGAAGCAGUCUGCGGAGGCUCUCGGUGAGCUAAACCUAAGCAACCAGCAGCUGACAGCCCAGGCGGCUGACCUGCUGGAGAAGCUGAAACGUCUGGAAGCCACCAAUAGCAGCCUUAGCAGUGAGAAUAAAGAACUUUUGGAAAACCUAAACCAAGUUAAAGAAGAGCUUUCUGUUAUUGAGGUGGAUUCGCUUUCUAGACGGGAGCAUCCGAACGACGAGGAGAGAGAAUCCGAGCUUCUAAAACUAAAGAGCCAUCUUGCAGAAGUAAGGCAACUAAAAGAGGAUCUGGAGAAAGAAAUCUGUGAUCUCAAGAUGGAGAAUGAGAUGCUGCUUUCAACCCAAGAGCAGACAAAACUGCAGCUGCAGGAAACGAUUGCCUUGAACGGUAAAGAAUCCUUAGAGAAGCAGACGGUGAUUGGGGCGUUGAGGCUGGAGAAGGGGCGGCUGGAACAGGAGUUGCACCUGAUGGAAAACCGAUUGACCACGCAGUCUCAGAAAUAUGAACACACAAUCAGUGAGAUUUCCAAUACGCAAAAGAUGGACACCUCCGCCUUGCAGCGUGAACACGAGCGCCUCAUUAUGCUGAGCCAGGAGAAAGAUUUCCAAAUAGCUGAGAGCAAACGAGCCUUAGAGCAAAUGGAGACCGAUUACGAGGAAUCCAAGGAGCUGCUGACCAGUACAUUAGAAGGCCAGAAGCAGCUCACUGAUCUCUUACGAGAGAAGGAAAUAUUGUUCACUGAUCUUAAGGAGAUGAAUCUGGAGCUGCAAAGACAGCUGGAGCAUCACACCAAAACGUCUAAAGAAUGUGACCUUCUAAGGCAAAACAUUGAAGAAAAGGAGAAAAUACUGGCAUCAAUGAAGGAAGAAAACAGCCACCUGAAGGAGGAAAUCGAGCACCUAAAAGACCAGCAGAGCCGAUCUCAACCAGCGGUGGAACCGAAGACUUUGGAUAUUAUCACUGAACUAGAGGCGGAGAUAACGCAACUGACCAAAGUGCAGAAUAAUUAUGAAGAGGAGCUGAAGCUUCAGAAGAGAGCCGCCGAUAAUCAAAAUCAGAGCACGGCACAGCUGCAAAAGUCUCUGCAAGAAAGGAUCAGAGAAAUGGACGCAAUAAAGUUGCAGCAGAAGGAAAUGGUGGACGCCUAUGAGAAGCUGCUUUCUGAGAAAGACGGCGAGAUAUCUUGCUUGCAGCAGACGAACGAGCUGAUCAGCUCCCAGCUGCAGAACGAGCAUCUGAUCCACACACAUUCCUCCGUUCUACUCCAUGACACAAAGAUGCAAAAUAUUAAUAACUGCGAUAACGGCACUGAGAAACACGACUUGUCGAAAGUGGAGGUGGAACGAUUGGUGAAAGGCAUCAAAGAGAAGGAGAUGGAGAUUAAAAUGCUCAACGAGAAGAACUGUACAUUAACCAAGCAGAUAGACCAGUUGUCCAGAGAUGAAGUCGGGAAACUCACCCAGAUUAUCCAACAAAAAGACUUGGAAAUACAGAGUCUUCAUGCUCGCUUGUCUUCGGUCAGCUACAUGCAAGACACAGUUUACCUGCAGCAACAACUACAAAGCUACGCAAUGGAGAGAGAGCAGGUCUUGGCCGUCCUCAGCGAGAAGACCAGGGAAAAUAGCCAGCUGAGGACAGAGUAUCACAAAAUGAUGGAUGUUGUGGCAGCCAAGGAGUCAGCGCUCUUGAAGCUUCAAGAUGAAAACCAAAGACUUUCUCACAGCCAAGAAGGGAGCACCCAAGAGAUGUUCAGGGAGACCAUCCAGAAUCUGUCACGGAUCAUCCGUGAGAAAGACAUUGAGAUAGAUGCCUUGAGUCAAAAGUGCCAGACCUUGCUGACCGUCCUCCAGGCUUCUAGCGCUGAAAACAGCAAUGAACUUGGAAGCGUGAACAGUAACCAGUUCGAGGAGCUGAUGGAGGAACGUGACAAGCUGAAGCAGCAGGUGAAGAAGAUAGAAGAGUGGAAACAGCAAGUGAUGACCACUGUCAAGAACAUGCAGCACGAGUCUGCUCACUUGCACGAGGAGCUGCACAAGCUUCAAGGGCAAAUAAAGAUAGACAGCGACUCCAGUUCCAGGUUACAAGUAGAUUACAACCACCUGAUUCAGAGCUACGAACACAAUGAGAAACAACUCCGAGGGCUCAGUGUAGAGCUGAAUAAUGUGCAAAGCAGUAUUGGGGAACUUAACAGCACGAAGGAACGUAUUCUUGGCCAACUUGACUCUGUCAGCCUCCAGGCAAGCAAGGUUCCUGAUGUUUGCCCUUCGGCGGCAUCUUCCGAACUGAAAAUAGAUGAAACGAUGAAGGUCAUGCAAGAGUGCGAGCGGCUGAGAAUUCAGAUUCAAGAGAGAGACUCCACCAUCAGAACGCUUCAGGAAAACAACCAGCGCUUGUCCGAUUCCAUAGCUGUUACGUCCGAGCAGGGCCGCAGGAGUCAGCAAGAGACAGUACUGGAGAUGAGGCAGAUCAGAGAGCGAAAUGAAGUAUUGCAGCAAUCGCUGAAAGAAAAGGACCUCUUCAUAAAAACUAAGGGUGACAAGUUAAACUCCGCUAGUGAAAAUCUGCGGAACAAGGAGACGGAGAACGAGCUGCUAAAACAGGCCGUCACCAACCUCAAAGAGAGGAAUCUGAUCUUGGAAAUGGACAUCAGCAAGCUGAAGGAAGAGAACGAAAAGGUGAUGGCCAAGGAAAAGGAGAAGGAGACAGAGUUCCGAGCUCUGCACGAGACCAACAUGCAGUUCUCAAUGCUGCUGAGAGAGAAGGAGUUUGAGUCCAGCUCCAUGAAGGAAAAGGCCUCGGCGCUCGAGAACCUUCUCAAACAAAAGGAACAGGGAAAAGCCGGGGAGCUGAACCAUUUGCUAAACGAAGUGAAAUCGAUGCAGGAAAAGGCCAUGUUGUUUCAGCACGAGCGGGACCAGGUUAUGUUGGCGCUGAAGCAGAAGCAGAUGGAAAGUGCCUCUCUGCAGAAUGAGCUUCAGCAUUUGCGCGAGAAAGAACAGCGACUGAACCAAGAGUUGGAGAGACUGCGCAAUCACCUGCUAGAGAUGGAGGACUCCUAUACCCGCGAGGCGUUGGCUGCAGAGGACAGGGAAACAGAUCUGAGGAAAAAAGUUAACCUGUUGGAAGAGAGACUCUUAUCCUCAUCCAAUGCUGUGGAAACGGCCAGUCAUCAAGCUACAAUGCAGGUGGAGUCCUUGCAGGAGCAGCUGAAUCUGGUGUCCAGGCAGAGAGACGAAGUCAUGCUCCAGUUUACAAUGUCCCAGGAGCAAGUCAAACAGUAUGCACUGUCACUGACCAACCUGCAGAUGGUGCUAGAGCAGUUUCAGCAAGAGGAGAAAGCCAUGUACUCCGCCGAGCUAGAGAAACACAGGAGACAGAACACAGAGUUUAGGCAGAAAGUGGAAAAACUGGAAGACAAAGUGCUAUUUCUCCAGGAAAGUUUAGACGAAGCCAACUGUGCCCUGGAAGCUGCGUCCCGACUGACCGAACAGCUGGACCUUAAAGAGGAGCAGAUAGAGGAGCUGCGGAGACGAGAUGAUCUGAAGCAGGAGAUGCUGGACGAGGCUCAGCAGAAACUAAUGAACCUCCUGAACAGCACAGAGGGGAAGGUGGACAAGGUCUUAAUGAGGAAUCUCUUUGUUGGCCAUUUCCACACCCCGAAAAACAAGCGCCAUGAGGUUCUGCGGCUAAUGGGGAGCAUCCUGGGACUACAGAAAGCUGAGAUGGAUGAACUUUUUGUAGAAGAGAACCGCGGUGUCACCCGGUGGGUGACCGGCUGGCUCGGAGGAGGAGCAGCACCUACUUCCAAGAGUGUCCCCAGCACCCCUCUAAGACCAAGCCACCACUCCUUGUUCAAUAGCUCAUUUUCAGAGCUCUUCGUAAAGUUUCUGGAGACGGAAUCGCUGCCGAAACUUCCGCCGCCCAAGCUGACUAUGCAGGACAUGGCGCCCCUCAGCCAGAGAGCAACCGGAGCUGCCGCACUUCCAGGAGCUAUGUCAAGCCGACGACAGGAGUCCAACCCAUUCCUGGCUCCUCGCUCCGCUGCCGUUCCUCUCAUCUCCACCGCCGCAGCGGGCACGUCAGGGCACCUCCUCAUGAAGCCGAUUUCCAGCGCCCUCCCCACAUUCACACCUAUGCCAGUCUCCUCGGACGCCGGAGCGGUGCUGAAGGAUCUGCUGAAGCAAUAGACUGAUCUGAAUGGAGCCUAUGGAGCAUUACAGCACUUUAAAAACAAAAACACACUUGUAAAUAAGAGAACCCAAAGAGACUUUUUUUUUGUACAAUCAGAAAACUUUAUUUAAAAAGAAAAAAACACAACAAAAAAAAACAUUUUUUUUUUUCAACUGCUUGGCAUGAAAUCUGGGAGAGGAAUAAUCCAGAUGAUGAACGACCGAGCGCAAAACAACAGCGCGGUGUAUGCCAAAUAAAUGUGCGUUGCAAUUGGACACUUUAAGGGGGUCUCCGUUCCAGGGAAGAGGCAAAGCCGGUCUGAUGUUGGAGUUCGUAUACAUUUACAUGCCAGGAAGGGACUCGCUGUAGGUGAAAUACGACUUUAUCCGAAAGAAUAUUCCUCAAUUUAGGAAACAUGAGCAAUAGCAGAACAUUGUGUCUCCGUUAUUGAGGGAUCAGUGAUUAAAUCUACCCCCACCCCCCCAGUCAGUGUUAUUCUCAUCCGCAUACACAGCGAGCCAUGUGCCGCAUUAUUACACUCUGCAGAAACCAUCAGACUACUCCCAUUUUGUACAUAUGUCAUGGCCACUUAUUUGUCUUCUGCUUUUUUUAUUUCUAUACGUUCCCCGAUUGAUACAAGGGUAAAUUGUAAACCCAUUUUUAUGUUGCCGGAGAUACUGAAGAAAGGAAGAAACCGUUACAGCCAAUAAGGUGCUAGGGAAGGGAGGUGACAGGUGCCACGUCAGCCUCGCCAGGUGGUAACGCACUAGAACGAGGCAGCAGUACGAAUCAUCUCAUCAGCAGUUGGGUAAUGUGCAGAAUGGAUUUUUAAGUUAAUGGGGACGUCCAACUAAACUUUUGAUUAGAUAUUUAAAAAAACAAAACAAAUGAAAAUAGGUAUUAUUGUGACAAAUAUGAACACACUAACAAUCAGGUAUUUAAACAUUGCAUUGUAGUCCUGCGAGAAAUGGCGCUCACAAGGACUGGCACGCCAAUAAGAGACGGGGAGAGAGGAAGUAAAAGGAAUGUAAGAAAUUCGCUAUAUGACGGAAUUUACAGAGCUCCAUGUUAUCCGCUGGUGGAGUCUACAGGUCUCUUGGGGCACCGUUUCGGCCCUAGCACUUAGUAGCUGUUAUACGUAGGGUUAUUCUCUUUCAGGUCACGCCUGGGCCGAGACUAAGUGACCAGGUAAUGUGCAGCAUUGGUGAAUGCAGAGCCUUAGUUCUAAGGGAUACGCUGCAUUGCUGUUACCUACAGUAUGUCCUGAGUGACCGCUGUGACUUCCGCCAGGUCCUGCGCCUCGGAAGCCAAGGGCCCCCGUCCUAGAAGCCGCUGUGUUUUAUGUUUCCCGCAAUUUCUUCAUAAUCAGUACUAGACCCCUGAUAACUUAUGGCAGAAGUGAUUAUUUAUUACAUAAGGCGCACCAUUGACAAACAGCAGUAAGCAGGUGGGCAAACCCCACAGCGAUCUAGCAUCAGGCGGUAUGCCUCUUUUUCUGUCGGCGUGGAAGUGUCGCCCAAUCUCCAUAUGACAGCUUUCCAGCCCUCCACCAUGUGACUACAGCAUUGGCGUGGAAAUCCGAAAGAAAUGCGGCCCUUCUCUGACCCUAACCACGGGCUGUAGGAAUAAUACCUGUAGCCAAUCACAUCUGCUGUAGCUAAGCAGCAUAUUUUUGGGGGACAUUAGGGUUCAGAUAGCUCGUAAAUGGCGGUACUCUCUUUAGCCCUUGAUGGAGGGAAGAGGUCAUUUAUUUUUAGAAUUGAGUGGACGUUCCCGUAAGUUGCUGUGUGAGAUACCACUAGUGGCAGAGGGCUUUACACAUUGCGUCCUGCCAUCUAUUCCGUACACAAAACAAUGGGAGGUUUCACCUUUGUAUUUUAUUGCCUCUUUUUUUGUUCCUGUAUACUGGUUAUUUGUUACAUAACUGCUAAUUGGAGGGCUAUAGUGUGAAUAUAAUGUAUAGAAAAUAAAUCUAAAUUAAUGAACAUCA